AUGUGGAAUGCGCUUAGUCGCCUCGAAGCCCCACCGCUAGUGGGGCCGAACAGGGUUGAGCCGUUAGCUGUCAGCGCUCCUGCGGACGCAGGUGGGGAGGUGGCAGCCGUUUCAGGGGCGCGCCACGCAGCUGUUGCCCCGACCGAUGCUGCGGCGACGGUAGAGAAGCCCGGUGCUCGCAACGGACCCGCUACGCCGGCCGGAGGGGCCAAGUGUAAUGCUGCUUCGACGGAGUGGGAUGCGUUUUUGCGGUGCCAGCUCGACACCGCGUUCUAUCGUGGCGCUGCGCUGCUGCCUGGGUUUCCUGUGCUGCAACGCGAAAAGCUGGCCGCUCACGACGGCGGCGGCCUUCCGCGCCGCGCGGUGGACGUCGAUUUGUGGAAUUCCUACUGGUCUGCGUUUUCCGACCGCUUUGCCGCCCACAUCGAUGACGUGCAGGCUUACCUGGGUGGCCGUGGAGGAGAAGGCGAGCGGCGGCGCGUCCUUGUUGCGGCAUCGCUUGCCGCGGAGCCCCGUAUUGAGUCGUUUAAAGACAGCCUCACCGCCCAUGCCCGUUCCUUUGGGGCGCUAGAGCACGUGAGCAGGGAGCGCUGUGUUGUGAUGCUGCAAUUCACCUCCCCUCGCGCCGCGGAGAUCUUUGCGGCGUGGGCCUCUUCGCUCUCCCUGAAGGACAUUUUUGCUGGUGCCGAUGCCGCUGAGCAAGCCAGCGCCCACAGCCGUCUGCUAGUGCGUCUCAUCUCCGAUGAUGCCGGGACGAUCGUGCCGACGCUCGAGUUGGGAAGCAAUGUUGUGCUUUCCACGCCGUUUGUGGAGAGUCUGUUCAAGGGGGUCUUCGACGCCGUGAGCGUCACCUACCAUGAGGGCGCGUUCCUGGUUGCCUUCGCGUCACUCCUUGCGGCAAGGACAGUCAUCCACUCCCUGCAGCGGUCACUGCUGGAGGUGUUCGGGCUAUCGCUGACCUUCUCGCAGCAGCCUCCUGGGCAGGGCGGAAACUGUGUUGCUUUGGGACGGUCGAGCAGGGAGAGCACCUCGUGA